UUCAUUCAGUACAUAACUUUAUACACUUUAGUGUCUUUAAGACUUAUGUAUCAAACAAGUUUAUCUUUGUAAUGAAUCAGCAAUGUACGUCGUGUGAUCUAACAUCGUCAUCGUUUGUCUUACUUGAAAGUGCAGAAAUAUUGGAAAGUCAAGGUAAAAAUUUUAUUAACAGCAAUGGAAUCAACCUCUCCAAUUAUAACAGCACAAUUAGUUUUAGAUUAUUUGAUUGAAAAGAAAUGUUAUGAUGCUGCAAGGAUGUUUCAAGAUACAUCUCCAGAUUUAGGUGAGCUUGUUAAACAAAUGCUCAACGGUGAAAUAUCAACCCCAACAUUGCCUCAAUCUACCACAGAGACCAGUAUUCCGGCAGAUAAGAAUAUGAACUUGUCAAGCAUUCUCAAAAAACAAUCAUCUACAAAAAAUGAAGACUUGAAAAUAAAAAAGCAACUUCAUCAGAAAAGAUUAACAAAAUUUCAACAAAUGAUGUCAAAUCUAUCUUCAGCGUGGUUAACUCCAGAGAAAAAAAGACAUCUAGCAACUGCUUUUGGACUGACGGAAAGUCAAAUCCAGUCAUGGCGUCAAAAGAAAUUAAAAAAAAAAAAAAUGAGAGAAAAAGAAAAUCAAAUUCAUAUUUUAAAAAAAAAGUUAGCAAAUAUAAAUAAUCAACUUGCUAAGAUAGAGCAAAGUGAACAAAUUCUAAACAACAACGAAAAGGUUUUUUGUGAUGUAAAUGAUCCAGGUCCGUCAACAUCUCAAUCAUGUUUUGAAAAAAACGAAAGUGAUGAUGAUUCAGUGGAACAAAUCAUAUAAAUUUGUGAAAUUCAUUAUUUUUAAUAUGCAUGUAUUUUUGGAAGGUUUAUUUUUAAAAUGAGAAAUGAUAAUGUAUCAGAAUUCAUAUAUUAUAUUGUAAAAUAAAAGGAU